GCUCUCAAGCAGAACGGCGCCGACGUCUUCCUCUGCUGCGAUCCUUCUCGCUCCGGCCCCGACGAUUUCCACAUCAUUUCUUCCCUCGACCACGAGAAGUUUGAAGAUCUCAGAUCAAAAGGCUGUAAUAUGCUAGGUCCACAAUGUGUGUUUUCCUUGGCGAAGGAGCAUAGGGCUUUACCUAAACAAGGGUUCACUUGUUGCCUUGCAAUGGAUGGUGUCAAAGUUCUGGCCUCUGGUUUUGAGGCUGAUGAAAAGGGUAAGAUUGAAAUGUUAGUAACAGCAAUGGGGGGAGUUUUCCAUUCUAAAGCAUCUUCGGAUGUUAGCUUUGUCAUUGUGAAAAAUGUUUUGGCUGCAAAAUACAAGUGGGCUCUUCAUAUCUUGAAGAAACCAAUUGUCACUGUUGGUUGGUUAUACCAGUGCUGGAAUGAGCAUCGUAUUGUUCCCCAGGAAUCAUUUAGGGUUCUUCCCUUUUCUGGAUUGACUAUUUGUGUCACCAGAAUCCCAGCAGGUGACAAAUAUAAAGUUGCCCGAAGAUGGGGCCACAUUCAUAUUGUUACUCGAAAAUGGUUUGAUCAAUCUAUCGCUAGAAGAGCAUGUCUUAAUGAGGAGUCCUACCCCGUUCAUAGUACUUCUGUGUCUUCAAGUAAAGGUGUACGAGGUUGUGUAAAAAUGCAGCUUAGCCAAGGAAAAGAUAUUGGCAAUCUGCAGUCAGCACCAUCGUCAGUGGCUACAGACACCAAUUCAGUAGUGGUUCCUAGUGCUGGGUUUGAGGAUCUAGACAUGGAGGCUACUCUCUCACAAAACACGUCUCAUACAUUUCCAGCUGCUCCAGACCAUGUGAAAGAGGGUGAAAAUGUGGAAACUGUUUUGCAGCCCCAAUGUGAAAUAAACCUCACAAACCUUGAUGGUUGUGUAGCUGAUGAUUCUCAAUCUGAAGAUAAUGACCUCUACUUGUCAGAGUGUAGAAUAUUAUUCAUUGGCUUUGAAGCUUCUGAAAUGCGUAGACUAGUUAAUAUGGUUCGUAGAGGUGGGGGUUCUCGAUAUGUUUUGUUCAAUGACAGAUUGACACAUAUAGUUGUUGGGACUCCUUCAGAGAUUGAAAAGAAGGAGGUAAGGAGUCUUGCAGCCUUUGGUAUCAUUCAUGUUGUUAGGACCACCUGGCUCGAAGACUGUGAUCGUGAAAAGAAAGAGAUCCCCGCUUACCAAAGGCACGUUGCGCAAGAUUUACUUCUUCCUAAAGGAGCACUUACGGGCAUGACAGGUGUAAAUCAAGGAAGAAUCUCUACUGCUCAUCUGAGCAUUCCAUCUAAUCAGUCAUCGGGACCAACAAGUGCUGAAACUGGAAUGCCAUUAUCAUCAGAAAAAGAUAGAGAAGAAAAAACAGAAAUAAACAUGAAAGGUGUGAACUCAGAAAUAAACAUGAAAGGUGUCAACUCUAUCGCAAUGACAUCAAAAUCAUUCCAACAGAGUCAUCUUCCUGUAAUCAACGAUAAAAGCAAGCGUAAACUAAAUGAUGAAAGUCAGGCUCCAAAGAACUUGCAACGUGAUACAAGCGUUCAAAAUGGGAAGUCUUCAAAUGUAUUUAUGGGGAAAAUAUUUGGCUUCUCAAGUUCCUUUCCUGAAGUUCGAAAAGGUGAAAUUGUUCAAUGGAUAAAACAAGGGGGUGGAGAGGUAGUUGAUGCUUUCCUGAGACAGUGUGCACACUUCACUGUUGAGUGUCAUGGCGUGAAACCGAAGUUGGUGUCUACUCCCCAAGCAACUUAUGUAUCAAGCCACUGGAUCCGUUCAUGUUUAGAGGAUGGAUGCUUGCUGGAAGUUUCUAGCCACAUUCUCUUUUCUCCUCUUCCCUGUCAGAUUCCUUUCCCUGGAUUUGAGAACUUUCGGUUUUGUGUUUCACAAUACGAAGGGAAAGAUCGACUACUUCUGAAAAAUCUGUGUUUUGUUCUUGGAGCCAAAUUAGUAGAAAAAUUGACCAAGAAGGUCACCCAUCUACUGUGCAAAUUUGCAAUUGGAGCAAAGUACGAUGCUGCUUGUAAAUGGGGGAUACAUUCAAUUACAACUGAGUGGAUAUAUGAGUGUGUCAAGCAGAAUAAACUUGUUCCUCUUGAUCUGUUUUCUCCAAAAGAAGUUACUGCUCAAGACCAAGAAGCGGGGUUGUGUACCAUGAGCCAGUUUCCUUCACAAGCUGUCCGAACGAUAUCCGGAGAUAAUCCCUCCCAGUUUCCCAGUCAUUCAAGAAACAUUAAAACAUCACCAUCUAGAGUCGGUGGUAGAAAUGGCAGUGUCGGCGAAGGUGAAGGGGCUAAGCAUUUAAGCACGCUCAGUAAAAAGGCAAGGCUCUUGGAAGAUGAGGCUCAAACGUGUCUGCUUUCUACUGGGGUACAUGGAAGUGCUCCCGUUUGCAACACAAAUUCCAGGGAUGAUAACAUGGCGAAGGAUACAAAUGAAAUGUCUCAUGUUGUUCCUGAUGUGGCUGCUGCAAUUGAGGACUUACUAGAGCAGACAAGCAAGAUUCACGAUCAGAAAUCACCAGGGAGGACUGGGUGUGAUGAAACUCUUUUCUCAUCCACUUGUUCAACCGUCGGUCAAGAUCAUUCAGAUACACAUUCCAUUGUUGGUUUAUCAAAGCACUGGUUAAACAGGACGGGGAAAAAGGGUGACAUCCAUAAUUCACCUGGAGAUGGAAACACGGGCAUGUAUGAUGGCUUCAGCGAAACACAGACGGAUUCUCAGGUUGUUGGUUAUGAAGAAGAUUUGUCAGGCAGGCAAAUGCUUAUAGACCGGGUUCGGACCCGAAGUAGCAUGGCUUGAAGGUGCUAGUAGCAGUAGUACAGAACAAAACAAUCGGUAGUAUCGGGUGGUCAGACAGUUUUGAAUGGUAUAUCUGAGGUUGCUCUCGAUGAAUGCAAGGGCCGUAUCUUUUGUCCGGCAUUUGAUGCAAUAUUUGGUGACCUUGGGGAAGGAGAAAAGAGUCAACAAAAGUUAAAAAGACAUGCUUUAUUAGCGUCUAUAUUCAUGAUCCUAAAUGUGUGCGGAUUUCGCAACUUGGGAUAGCCAAUCCUUACAGCUCCUGUAGCAGCAUUUCGUAGGAAAUUUGGGAA